AUGAGUAACAACAGUGUGGGUCUGUCACCAGUGUUGCCCCUCAAUAGUUUUGGGAAUGUGCUGAUGUUUCUUUUCAGCAUAGUGUUGGCAGCCGCAAUUACUUUCCUCAACAUCUCUGUGUUUCUCUCAAUCAUGAUGAACAAGUCACUGCGCAGCGAGAACCGCUUUAUGUACAUGCUGAGUACCUCUUUCAGCGACAUCUGUUCUGGGGUAUCCUAUUACUAUGUGGGCGUCCUAGACGUGAGGGACAGCUAUGACUCCCCCAAAAGAACGUUUUACAUCGCUCCCACAUUCCUGGGGCUCUCGUACAUGGCUAUACUGGCAGCACAGUCCGAUAGGUAUCAUGCCGUGACAGCACCUUUUAAAUACUCCCAGAGAAUGACCCGCAACAGGACGCUGCUUGUCAUUCUAUUUUACUGGGUUUACGCUUUUGCCAUUGUAGCGGUGAACAAUCUAGUUUCAAUGGGGAUCGCAAAACAAGUCACGGGUAUUGGUACCUUUGUUGGGAACAUUUUCACUGUGAUAAUUAUGAUAGGCCUGAAUAUUAGACUGUUCUUUAUAGCUAAAUUCCAGUUGGAGAGAGAGCCGCCCUCUGUGGAGAGAGAGAACAAGCGCUCCUCGGUGUACCUAAUCAUAGUAGUAGCAGUGUUUUUCCUGGCGGCAUGGUUACCCAUUUUCAUCCACAUAAUUUGCUGUAAUUUUAUCGGAUCAACGUGUUAUUCUUUUAGAAACGAAGGAACCGAUCCCCUUAGAAUUCUUCCACGCUUAAAUGCUGUGUUAACCCCACUGUUGUACAUCAGAGGCUGUGCCUCACUCAGGGCAACGCUGUUCACCAAGGUUUGGAAACCUUGCUGUAGAAGGAGGUAUUAG